ACCCUCGAAUCCCUCCCUAAAACCCUGCUCUCAAUCAUUUUCACUCGCACAGACGCGACCGUACUCAAUGGGUAGCAGCCAAGCAGCCGUCUCUUUCCUCACCAACAUCGCACGCGCCGCGCUUGGCCUCGGCGCCACCGCCACCUUACUCAACUCCUCGCUCUACACCGUAGACGGAGGCCAACGCGCCGUCAUCUUCGACCGGCUCCGGGGGAUUCUGGACGAGACCGUCGGCGAGGGCACACACUUCCUCGUCCCAUGGCUCCAAAAGCCGUUCAUCUUCGACAUCCGAACCAAGCCCCACACCUUCUCGUCAGUAUCCGGCACCAAGGACCUCCAGAUGGUGAACCUGACCCUGCGUGUGCUCUCACGCCCCGAGGUCACGCGCCUCCCCGAGAUCGUCCAAACCCUAGGGCUCGAAUAUGACGAGAAGGUCCUCCCGUCAAUCGGAAACGAGGUGCUCAAGGCCGUGGUGGCUCAGUUCAACGCUGAUCAGCUCUUGACGGAGCGGCCUCAGGUCUCAGCGCUGGUCCGCAACGGCUUGACCGAGCGGGCCAGGAAUUUCAACAUCGUGCUGGACGACGUUGCAAUCACGCACCUGUCGUACGGGGCCGAGUUCUCGCGCGCCGUGGAGCAGAAGCAGGUGGCGCAGCAGGAGGCGGAGCGGUCGAAGUUCGUGGUGGCAAAGGCGGAGCAGGAGCGGCGUGCGGCGAUCAUUAGGGCCGAGGGUGAGAGCGAGUCAGCUAAGCUGAUAUCGGAUGCGACCGCGCAGGCCGGGAUGGGCCUGAUCGAGCUGAGGAAGAUCGAGGCCCUGAGAGAGAACGCUAACACGCUGGCUAAGUCGCCCAAUGUGGCGUAUUUGCCUGGUGGCCAGCAGUUGCUCAUGGCUCUCAAUGCCUCACGUUGAGUCGGGCCUCAGGACAUGGCAUAACAGCAUGAAAACGUCGAGGAUUUGCACAUUUGUUGGUUUUUUGCUGUGAUGUUUUUUAUUUAUGUAUCUCAGACCAUAUGAUCUGAACCUUCUUUAAGAAUCAGAAAUGAAGAAUUUAGGAUGUUUUGGGUAUUUAGUUUAAAAUGCAUGGGUUUUUCCCUAUCCUGGAAUCUUACCUUGUUUACUGUAUGUUAUAACUUCAAAGAUUCGAUUUGGUACUUAAAUAUGUUAAUCAAUGCUGAAUGCAUUUUUCUUUCCCAAA